AUGGACUCACCGGUCUCCGGUUUGGUGGCAGAACUGGUCCUACAGGAGUUAGAAAAUAUUGCCUUCCUCCAACAUGAACCGGUGUUUUGGCGACGUUACGUUGACGACACGUUCGUCAUCGUAAAGAAGUACAUGCUGCCACACUUCCACCGCCUGCUCAACGCAGUCUUCCUCGAUAUAAAAUUCACGAGGGAAGAAGAACAGGAACAGCAGUUGCCCUUCCUGGAUGUGCACGUCAGACGAAACCUUAACGGUGAACUUGAAACGACGGUUCAUAGGAAGCAACGAACACCACACAGCUUCUCAGUUUUCACAGCAACCAUCCGGUGGCUCACAAACGAAGCUGCGUGA